CCUCUUUUAACGACCUUCCCCUAACCUUGCCUUCUCGGCAAGGGGUUGUGGCCCCAUUUUUGUGGCUAUUUUCGGGCAUUGUAAGACGUCGUUCCACUGCCAGCCCAGACCAGCCGAGACCAGCCCAGCCCAGCUGCCCCCUAAUCUCUCUCACUCUCUCUCUGUGUCGCUCGUUCCAACCUUGACUGAUAAAACGAUAAGAGCUCUCUGCCAAUAUGGCACUAUUGUAUAUAUAUAUGCGCUUAGAUACAGCAGCGCUGUUCAGGGCCGGACGGGCUGUCCAAAGACACUUGUUCGUUGGAUCUGACAUACCCCCAGCCAGGAGGAGUGAGUGCACCCGCAAGAUGCUGAGCAGAGAUUCACCCGACAUUGAGGAUCUGCUGUCGCUGAAUCCGCGCGUGAAAACCCAAUGCACGGUGGUGCCCACCAAGCAGACCAAGGAGAACAAGAAGCACUGGAAGCGCAACAAUGAUCACACGGCACCGCCAUGCACCACGCUGUCGAAUAAUUUCGAGGACAUUAAGCACACGACACUGUCGGAGCGGGCGGCCCUCGAGGAGGCUGCCCGCUGCCUAAAGUGUGCCGAUGCGCCGUGCCAGAAGUCCUGCCCGACGCAGCUGGACAUCAAGAGCUUCAUCACGAGCAUUGCCAACAAAAAUUACUAUGGCGCUGCCAAGGCCAUCUUCUCGGACAAUCCGCUGGGUCUGACCUGCGGCAUGGUCUGCCCCACCAGCGACCUGUGCGUGGGUGGCUGCAAUCUGCAGGCCUCCGAGGCCGGACCCAUCAACAUCGGUGGACUGCAGCAGUUCGCCACCGAGAUGUUCAAGCGGAUGGGCAUACGCCAGCGGCUGCCGCCGCAGACCAAGCCGCUGGGCAAGAAGAUCGCCCUGCUGGGCGGCGGUCCCGCCUCCCUGUCGUGCGCCACCUUUCUGGCUCGACUCGGCUACGAGGACAUCAAAAUCUACGAGCGUCGCAGCUACCUGGGCGGACUGAGUGCUGCCGAGAUACCGCAGUAUCGCCUGCCCAUCGAUGUGGUCAACUUUGAGAUCCAGCUGGUGCAGGACUUGGGCGUAUGCAUCGAGACGAAUCGUUCGCUCAGCACCAAGGAUCUGACAGUGCAGGGUCUGCUCGAUAGCGGCCUGGAUGCGCUCUUCGUGGGCAUUGGCCUGCCCGAGCCCAAGCUGAAUCCGAUCUUUAAGGGUCUGGACGUGGAAGCGGGCUUCUACACCUCCAAGAACUUCCUGCCUUUGGUGUCGGAUGGCUCCAAGCCGGGCCUGUGCGCCUGCAAGGCCGCGCAGAGUCUGCCCAAGCUGCAUGGCAAUGUCAUCGUUCUGGGUGCCGGCGACACGGCCUUCGAUUGUGCCACAUCCGCGCUGCGCUGCGGUGCCCGUCGCGUCUUUGUCGUCUUCCGCAAGGGCUCGUCGGGCAUCCGAGCCGUGCCCGAGGAGGUGGAGCUGGCGCGCGAGGAGCGCUGCGAGAUGCUGCCCUAUCUGAGUCCACGCAAGGUGUGCCUCCGCGAUGGCCUGAUCACGGGCAUGGAGUUCUGUCGCACCGAGCAGAACGAGCAGGACGAGUGGGUGGAGGAUGAGGAUCAGACGGUGCGCCUCAAGGCGAACUUUGUGAUCUCCGCCUUCGGCUCGGGCCUGCAGGAUCCGGACGUUCGCGACGCUCUGGCGCCGCUGCAGUUCCGCGGCGAGCUGCCCGUGGUGGACAGGACCACAAUGCAGAGCAGUCUGCCGCAGGUGUUCAUUGGCGGAGAUCUGGCCGGAGUGGCCAACACCACAGUGGAGUCGGUGAACGAUGGCAAGGUGGCCGCCUGGGGCAUUCACUGCCAGCUGCAGGGUCUGCCCCUGGACACGCCCGCCGCCCUGCCGCUCUUCUACACGGACAUCGACAGCGUCGACAUAUCCGUGGAGAUGUGCGGCCUGAAGUUUGAGAAUCCGUUCGGACUGGCCUCGGCACCGCCCACCACCAGCGCUGCCAUGAUACGACGCGCCUUCGAGCAGGGCUGGGGCUUUGUGGUCACAAAGACCUUCGGCCUGGACAAGGAUCUGGUCACGAAUGUCUCGCCGCGCAUUGUCCGGGGCACCACCUCCGGCUACAAGUACGGACCGCAGCAGGGAUGCUUCCUCAACAUCGAGCUCAUCUCGGAGAAGCGGGCCGAGUACUGGCUGCGCUCCAUCGCCGAGCUGAAGCGCGACUUUCCCGAGAAGAUCGUGAUUGCCAGCAUCAUGUGCAGCUACAACGAGCCCGACUGGACGGAACUGUCCAUCAAGGCCGAGGCAGCCGGCGCCGAUGCUCUCGAACUGAAUCUGUCCUGUCCCCAUGGCAUGGGCGAGCGCGGCAUGGGUCUGGCCUGCGGCCAGAUACCCGAUAUGGUCGAACAGAUCUCCCGCUGGGUGCGCCACGCCGUCAAGCUGCCGUUCUUCAUUAAGCUGACGCCCAACAUUACGGACAUCACGGCCAUUGCCAUGGCAGCCAAGCUGGGCGGCGCCGACGGCUGUUCGGCCAUCAACACAGUCCAGGGGCUGAUGAGCCUCAAGGCGGAUGCCACAGCCUGGCCGUCCGUCGGCAAGGAGAAGCGCACCACAUACGGCGGCGUUUCCGGCAAUGCUACACGUCCCAUGGCACUGCGUGCCAUCUCGGAAAUUGCCAACAAAGUUCCCGAUUUUCCCAUUCUGGGCAUUGGCGGCAUCGAUUCCGGCGAAGUGGCCCUGCAGUUCCUCCAUGCCGGCGCCUCAGUGCUGCAGAUCUGCUCGUCCGUGCAGAACCAGGACUUUACCCUCAUCGAUGACUACUGCACCGGUCUGAGGGCGUUGCUGUAUUUGCGGGCCAAUCCCCCGCCAGAGAAUGGCGCCUUCUGGGACGGCCAGUCCCCGCCGACGCCCGUCCACCAGAAGGGCAAGCCCGUGUUGCGUCUCACGGGCGAGGGCAACAGCACGCUGGGUUUCUUCGGGCCCUACCAGCGGGAGCGUGACAUCGCGAUGGCCGAGCUGCGCAGCAAGAAGGGAGCCUUGUGGGAUGCCCAGCAGGGUGCUGUAGCCAUUUGCCCCUCCAAUGGCGGGCCAAAUGAGGCGCCCAAGGUGGCCGAUAUCAUCGGCGCUGCCCUGCCACGCAUUGGAACCUACAACCAACUGGACAACAAGCAACAGAAGGUGGCCCUGAUCAACGAUGACAUGUGCAUCAACUGCGGCAAGUGCUACAUGACGUGUGCGGACUCCGGUUACCAGGCCAUCGAAUUCGACAAGGACACGCACUUGCCCAGCGUCAACGAUGACUGCACGGGCUGCACGCUCUGCGUCUCCGUAUGCCCCAUCAUUGAUUGCAUCACCAUGGAACCCAAGAAAAUUCCGCAUGUGAUCAAGCGGGGAACCGAGGAGAAAACAGUCUACACCCACGCUCUGAGCCAGUGCCAGUAGAUGUACUUAGUUGUAUACAUAAUUGAUAUUAUAAUAGAAGUUCACCGAGAAACAAAUAAACAUUUUCAAAGCAAA